AUGGCUCCGAAACGCAAAGCAACCGAUACGGCCUCUGCGAGAGCCUCGAAAAGACCGACUCCCGUGCCUGAUACACCGCAGAGCUUCGAUAGUAGCGAUGAGUAUUCAGAAUACGAUGAAAAGGAAGAGCGCACACAGCACUUGGUGGAGAAGUUCUCGCUUGAAUCUUUCAGCAGGGAUAAGAAAGCAUCGUUAGACAAAAGCGAUCCGCACUAUGGCUAUAAGGACUUCUCAUCACUCCCGCUGAAGCCAGAUCACGCAAAUCGACCAUUAUGGAUCGAGCCUCUGAAAGGCACCAUUACUCUAGAGAGUUUCUCGCCGUUGGCAUCACAGGCUGCGGAUUUCUUGACUACUAUAGCAGAACCGUUAUCCAGACCAGUACAUCUACACGAAUACCGCCUGACCGGUAAUAGUCUAUAUGCUGCAGUGUCAGUUGGGUUGGAACCGAAGGAUAUCAUUCAUUUUUUGGACCGACUAUCCAAGACACCCAUUCCAGAAGCGAUUCGAUCAUUUAUCAUUGAUUUCACAAAGUCUUAUGGGAAAAUCAAACUAGUUCUCAACAAUAACAAAUAUUAUGUGGAGAGUACGGAUCCGGCGAUGUUGCAAAUGCUUCUUCAAGACGACAUUAUCGGUACCAAGCGAGUGCAGGGAUCGGAAGGCAUCAUACAGCAGGCGGCACCGAAGAUGGCAGGCUUGGUUAUUCCCGGUACGAAAGAUGCUGCGGGUGUUAAACAAGCAAAUCAAGCUUCCGGCGAAGAGAAUGGAGCAACAAACAGUGGUGCCAACAAGGAAGAUGAUUUUUUGGCUACCAUACGUGAUGAAGAUGACGACGAGGAUGACGCUCAGGUUCACAGUUUCCAGAUACCCAACGAUGACGUGGAAGCUGUCAAAGCGCGAUGUCAAGCGAUGGGUUGUCCGGCCCUUGAAGAGUACGACUUUCGGAACGAUAGGGACAAUCCAACGCUGGAUAUUGAUUUGAAGCCAAAUGCUCAAAUUCGAAGUUAUCAAGAAAAGAGUCUGAGUAAGAUGUUUGGUAACGGUCGAGCCAAGAGUGGUAUCAUCGUUUUGCCUUGUGGUGCCGGAAAGACGCUUGUCGGUAUUACUGCGGCCUGCACAAUUAAGAAAGGUGUCAUCGUCCUAUGCACCAGUUCUAUGUCCGUUGUCCAGUGGCGAAACGAAUUCAUUCGGUGGUCAAACAUCGAUCCUAGUGAUAUUGCCAUAUUUACAUCCGAUAAUAAAGAAAAGUUCAAGCGGUCAACAGGUAUCAUUGUCUCGACAUAUUCCAUGGUGUCUCAAACAAGAGCCCGAUCGCAUGACGCGCAAAAGAUGAUGGACUGGCUGACCCAGCGAGAGUGGGGUCUGAUGAUCCUCGAUGAAGUGCACGUCGUUCCGGCAUCAAUGUUCCGAAAAGUCACAUCCAGCAUUGCAUGUCAGGCCAAACUAGGAUUGACGGCGACUCUCCUUCGAGAGGAUGACAAAAUCAAAGAUUUAAACUUCUUGAUUGGUCCUAAGCUGUACGAAGCAAACUGGAUGGAGUUGGCCGAGCAGGGUCAUAUCGCCAAGGUCCAAUGUGCCGAAGUGUGGUGUCCGAUGACGACUGAAUUUUAUUCUGAAUAUAUGCGGGAGAGUUCGCGUAAAGCUGCUCUCUUGUAUAUCAUGAACCCACGAAAAUUCCAGGCGUGCCAGUUCUUGAUUGACUAUCAUGAGCGACGUGGCGACAAGAUCAUUGUGUUCUCCGACAAUGUCUAUGCGUUGCAGCGAUAUGCCCUAAAACUAGGCAAAGCUUAUAUCUACGGUGGAACUCCGCAGAACGAGCGCAUGCGUAUUUUGGAGAACUUUCAACACAAUGAACAAGUCAAUACUAUUUUCUUGUCCAAAAUCGGAGAUACUUCUCUUGAUCUCCCUGAGGCCACGUGUCUGAUCCAGAUCUCAUCGCACUACGGCUCACGUCGUCAAGAAGCGCAACGACUAGGCCGUAUCCUUCGAGCCAAACGUCGUAACGACGAAGGCUUCAACGCCUUCUUCUAUUCACUUGUAUCCAAAGACACGGACGAAAUGUACUAUUCGUCUAAACGACAAGCCUUCCUCGUCGACCAAGGCUACGCAUUCAAAGUAAUCACCCAUCUUCAAGGUAUCGAAAACCUCGAAGGUCUCGCAUACGCUACCCCCUCCGAAAGACGCGAACUCCUCCAAGAAGUCAUGCUCCAAAACGAGACUUCCGCCGAAGUCGAGAACGUAGUUGACGAUCUAUUCAGCGAACGUUCUGGAGCCCAACGCGGCGGCAGAGCAGCAGCUAAAAAGGCGGUCGCCAAACGCAGCGCAGCUACACUUAGCGGCCUUGCUGGUGGCGAGGAUAUGGCGUAUGUGGAGUAUAAUAAGUCGCGAAAUAAGCAGCUCAAGGAGAAGGCACAGCAUCAUCCUUUGUUUAAGAAGAUUGCGCGCGAUCAGCAGAAGCGGAAGGAGGCUAUGAAGGAUAUGGGACCGAGGGGGCGGUGAUAGCUUCCGGUCAUUCUUGUAGCUUUCAUAUUUGGAUCUUUAAACAUAUAGAUUGUGUCUAUGCAGUACUAACGAAUUUGAUGUCCACUUGUCU